UCUUCUCUCUGGAGAUCAGCACAGAUCUCACAAGGGAUCAUGAACAAUAGUUGUGUGGAAGACGAAGAAUUUCUCCAAAUGAUUGGGGAAACUAACCCAGUAAAUGACCAAGUGUACAUACUUGAUGCUCGACCUAAAAUAAGUGCGCAUGCUAACAGGCUGGUUGGAGGAGGUGCUGAAAAUUACUAGCAACUGACAUUCUUUAUAUGGAGGGAUAGAAGGAAUCUCUCAUGUGAAUUCAUGCUAUAAAACUCUAAAGAAGUUGUGCCAUAGUCCAGAUAAAAUUAAGGAAUCAAAAUUUGCUGAGAAGAUAGAAAGCUCAGGAUGGUACACACUGAUUCGUAAGCAAAUGCAAUUUGCUCUAAAAGCAUCUAAGAUUAUGGAAUGAGAUAAUCAUAAUGUCUUGAUCCAUUGAGCAGAUGGAUGGGAUAGAACACCAAUCUUAUGAUCAUUGACUCAGAUUUAUCUUGAUCCUUAUUUCAGAACGAUAGAAGGAUUAGAAGUGUUAAUCGAGAAGGAUUGGAUAUCCUUUGGUCAUAAAUUUCAAGACCGAUCUGGAAAUAUGAAGAGCCACAAUCAUUUAGCAAAGGAGAGAUCACCAGUUUUUAUAAAUUUCUGUGAUUGAUUAUACCAGCUAAUAACCCAAUUCCCACAUUGCUUUGAGUUUAACAAUAUCCUGUUACUCUUUCUGUCGCAUCAUUUAUAUACAUGAAAGUAUGGAACGUUUUUAUUCAACUGAGAUAAAGACCGAGCAUUUUUUGAGAUACAAUCUAAAACUGUUUCAAUUUGGGAUUAUGUUAAUUCAAACUUGGAGCAUUUCAGAAAUCCCUUUUAUACACCUUUGAAAGAUAGGAUAUCCCCCAAAGUUCUUUCAUCUGCAAUGACAUUUUGGAAAGAGCAUUUCUUCAUUUAUACAGAAAUGAGUGGGUAUAAUUCUGAUGCAAUAGAAGUAGUCCAUCCCUUCGAUCACAGAGAAAGGAUGCAUACAAAAGCUCUUGAAGAGAUUAAAAGGCUGAAAGCUCUUCUUAAGAUCUAGAAAACUGCUUUUUAUUCAAUAGCCUAACC